UUCCGCCUGGGUUUCCUUUAUGAUCCCGGGACCUUCCUCCUCUCUCGCCAGACAUCAUCAGGCAACGGAGGAGAGCGCACGCACUCGUUCCGCGUCCACGCAUCACGCAAGUCCCUGCAAGCUGCUUUUGAGGGAAACCACCCUACCGCGGGACUUCGACCCUACAAAAACAACAACGUCCCUGCUACGACGGGAUCUAAAGACUGCAAAGAGGACGACUUUGAAUCGACUUGUAGCCGCCAGCCAACAUGUCCGAGGUGUUGCCCUACAACGAGGGCAAAAUGAGCGGCUACGGGGCGGACAGCGAGGUCAGCCAGAUGUCCUUUAGCUGCGGGCUGCAGGACACAAGCGCCUUCUUCGCCGGCUCGCAGGCCAAGAGACCCCCGAAGCUCGGCCAGAUCGGCAGAGCCAAGCGAGUGGUGAUUGAGGACGACCGAAUAGACGAGGUCCUGAAGGGGAUGACGGACAAGUCGUCGCCCGGCGUUUAAAGAGCCCCCUCCCCACUGAGCGAUGCCUUGCAGACUCUUUUCAUUUUGAUCACCGAUUUGAAGCACUUGUCGGCUGUGCAUGUUGGAGGAUUGUGGCGUGAGGAGGAGGAGGAGAAGAAGACGGCGACACACCAAGUGAGGAUGAGGAUGGGAUGAAACGCGGUGGAGGAAAAGCAAGAUGAAGGGAAGGAUGGAAGAGGUGGAGCGGAAAGAUUCCUGGUGGGAUAUCGCUGGCAAUCCUCCAAAAACGAGUCCCGUUUUUGUUUUCUUUUUCAAGGAGAAGAAAAAUCCCGACAGCGGCUGUCGCGUCUCGACAGGCGCUGACUUUGUUAGGAAAGGUGACGGAUGAACUUGUCAUUAAAACAAACGCCACCGCCACCUCCUUUGUCCCCCGCUCCAGACGCGCCGCAAAAACAAGCGUCGGGAUGAAGCACGACGUUGUACAGUAGGCUCAGCUUUACGCCCCCCCUGCCCUCUCCCCUUUCUUGUAGAUGGUGCAUUCAGGGGAGCUGUCCUUUCAGCACCGCUCCAAUGCAUUCCUGUUGCUGCUUUGGUAUGCCCCCCCUUCCCUUUUCCCCCACAGACCAACCAAACUCUCAAGUCUACUUCUAACAAAAGGAGACCAGAUUGUAUGUAAAAACAUAUAUCCGAGGAUGGUGCAAUGUUAAUAUUUUCUGUAGUGGAAAGCCGCUUGCUUUGGCCGCAGGCUUUUUUUUCGCCGAUGGUUAAAGUUGCAGGUUGGUGUAGCCGCACCUGCACGUAUCUUUUACACGCAACGAAAAUAUGAACGCGACACUUUUGUUUUUGCGCCCAUUCUUCAUGAACUGAACUCAAAAGAUGUACACAAAAGGCAUAUUUCUCUCAAAUAUUGUUCACAAAUCUGCGUGAGUGAGCAUUUCUCCUGUGCCGAGAGAAUCCAUCCACCUCACAGGUGGACAGCAUGAUGACUGCACAGGUGUGCCUUACAGUAGGCUUUCCACAAUAAAAGGCUGCUCGAGAAUGUGCAGUUUUACUGUAUUGGAUUGGAUUAUUUCGGCAGAGGGGAAGUGCUCACGAACAGGUUUGAACAAUAUUUGAGGGAAACAGGCCUUUUGUGUACAUAGACAAAGUCUCCAAUCUUGGAAAAAUGGGAGGAAAAACAAGUGUUUUGUUUAUAUUUUUGUUCAGUAUAUUUAUGAUGAUUUGCAUUUGUUUAUUUAACAAACGCUGGCCAAAUUGUGGAGAUUCAAGUAAUUAUCUAAACUAAUAGACUGAACACAUUUGUUUUCUACAGUGGCACCUUGACUUAUGACUUUUUUCACGCUACGAGCUGUUUGCUUGAUGUAUUUCUUUUCAUUAUUUUUAUUUUUCGCGUUGUGUUGUGACUCAUGCGUGAGUUGCACAUUCAGGAGACGAAACAGGACAAGCACUUUGGAAAUAAAGAGAGAUACAAUUUCAUAAACAUUUGCAAGGAGACAGUUUGAAUACAAGUUGAGGGCUCUAAAAAGUAUGUGCCUAUUUCUCCUUAGGCCAGGUCAUAAGAACAGGCACGUGAACAGGCAGUUAUCAUCUUCCUUGUGCAACUGGCCCCCCCACCAACCACAGACAUUUUGCGUUCUCUCACCGCAAAUUGAUAAUACAUGACGAAAGAGAGUUGAGGAACAAGGUCUACGCUCUUAUCGUCAGCCUAAAACAAAAGAUUAGGCGAGGUUAUACUUAACAUAGAAUACAUUUUAUAAAUGCAAAUAUAUAGAUCUUUUUUCCUACCAGGUAGUGUAAUGCCCUCGCAUGUGGGCAAGGAGAGCCACAGCCACUGAUGCACAUUCAGCCGUUUAUUCAACGGGACAGUCCAACACAAAAAUGUGAAAUGAGCGCAUUCGCAAGGAGCCGCUGUAGGCCACACCCCGUGCCCGAACGCUCACACAAAGACUGAUGUCAUUCAUUUGGCCACGCCUCUUAAAGGGACAUGCAACACAAAUACUAAAGUAACACUUUAUAAAACCGUUUUUUUCCUUUACAUUCUCUUUUAUUAUGUUUUUAUACAAUAUAGUGAUGUUUUUCCUAAUUAAAAACAAAAUGGUGUUUUUUUUCAGCGGGCUGGAAUGGACUAAUAGCCUUUCAAUUCAUUUCAAUAAUAAAAAUUUAUACGACAAACUCUUGAGUAGGGCUCGACCGAUUAAUCGGCCCAUAUUAGUCAUUUUAAAUGUAUUUUAGUAUUUUUUUUGCUUUACACCUUUAUACAUUACAACAUAAGACAAAGAUUCAAACAAACAACAAUACAAAGUUUUCAGUAAGUUUCAGUGUUUAUAUAUAUAUAUAUAUAUGUGUGUAUUUCUUUUUUAAAUGAAUCAGCCGCUUAAUCUGUUAGCGGAAUUUUAUUCUGCAAAAUAUCGGAAUCAGCAUCUGUCUCAAAAAUUCCAUAUUGGUCGCGCCCUAAUAUUGAGCUCCGAGCAUGGUCAAGGAAUGAAUUCAACUUUUAAGUCAAGGUCCUAUUGUAUUUUGCGUAUUUUCAUUUCGCAGUUAGCGAGUGUUUCACGUCAUGCAUGGAUUCUCACUUCGGUGCCAACGCAGGUGCCACUACGUCCCCCCACCGCCCCCACCCCCGGCACGCUUGUUUUUAAACAAAAAGGUCAUAUUUGUAUUUUUAUAUCUAAAUAUUUGUUAUUUAAAUGAUAUGCUCGUCUAUGGUCUUACAGUUCAUCAACAACAACCACAAAAAGUUUCUACUCGGGAGGACACGGAGAACGAGACGACGUUCAUUUUGGCUCGACUGCUCUCGUUCGAUUAUCAGCGCUCGAGGUUUUUUCAAGACUAACUGAAUGUGUCUGGGUAUUUUGCACACAUCGAUGUUCAACUAUUAGUAAGAAAUCGUAUACUGUGACGAGCUUCGUUAAUGAAUUUGUUAGAAAAUGGCAGUUUUAGAGUAUAUUCCACUGUUUACGAGUACGAUCAAAUAACAUUAUUUGAUCCAUUUUGAACAUUACGGUUUAUUUUUGUGUUUUUAUUUAUUUUUUUAUUUUUAAGUUGGCUUAUUUUGUACCAUCAUUUUAAAGAAACUGGAUAUGGUUUGUUGUGCAUGAAACCUUAAUAUUUUCAAUAAUGGAACAUAAUUUUAUGAAACAAAAAAAAAAGCAACAAAAAUGUCAUGACAUUCUAAGAAUGAGUCAUUGUAUAUUAUGAUGCCAUUUUCACUGUAUUUGGUGAACUAAUAAAUGGUGAAAGAAGA